AUGAGUGAGAGAAGGGGAAUCUCUCAUUCUCCCUCUCUUUCCCCCUCUCAUCUCAAAUCAAGCCCCAGACCUUCCAAACCCGUCUCCGCAAGCAGAAGCCUCGGCUCCUCCCCAUUGUCGGAGAAAGCCAUUCCCAACUACCUCAAGCCGACGCUCUCGUCACUGCUCUCCGGGGACGCCAUUAAGUCGAAUAUUCUAGCCCGGAGGAGGUCAUUCGACAAGCCCCCCUCCCCGACCCCGACGACAAAACCAAGGGGCUUCUCGCCCACCCUGUCGUUCCGGUCCUCCUCGUUCUCUGGGAAGACUGGUAGGGCCAUUACCUCUCCCAAAAGCGACCGGAGCUUGAAAGGGACAAGGGAGGCUGGCAAACCGCAUCGGUAUGCUAGGGCUGUGAGCGGUCUCAAGAAGAGCGCCACAUUUGCAAGUAAAAGUGCUUCGAGAAAGAAAGAUUCAUCAGACCAUCAAGAAUCUAACGUUGCUGGAGAUGAAGAAGAUCUAGUGGUGGGAGAUCUAGAACUUGAAGAUGAAAGCCGCAAGGCUGAUUCUCCGACAGCGUCUGAGGUGCUUGAUGCUGAUGGCGGCGACGCUUCUGAGGUUGAAACGUCCCCUACGACCUUGGAACAGCGCAACGCCAGCAUUGGGGAGGCCGAGAGCCCCACAAUUGGUGAAGAAAGUGAUGACAAUGUGGCUAAGAUUGAGUCUCCUACACUUUUAGAACAAGAUGAUGCUGAUACUGUGAGUGAAGUGGAUGAUAGCGCUGCUAAUCCUGAUCACGGUAAGCCCAAUGAAGACGAGGGAGAAGAGGCAAAAGCACCGGAUAUGAAACUUGUAGACGAGACAGCAGAGGUGCAGCAGGGAGUAGGUGAGGAUGACGGAGAAGCAGUGCCCAGACUGUCUCACGGGAAGAAGGACGUGGGACUCUCCAACAACGUGAUCGAAGCAAUGACCCGUGAGCAGAGGCGGAACAAAGUGAGAGCGCUCGCUGGAGCGUUUGAAACCGUCAUAUCCCUGCAGGAGCAUAAGUAG